AUGAUUGAACUCAGCUUUGAUCUCCAGCCCGUCUGUUUUAAUGGCGGCGUUCAUGAUUUUCGACGGUCCCCUUCGCAGGCUAUGAACACCAAUCUCCGACCUCCUGGCGCCGAUAAUUGCGCCCUGGAGAUAGUGGGAGGGAAUGGAACUGCGAUGGGCGGCAGAGUAGGUCGCUACAACGCCGAGGAGAGGAGGGAACGAAUCGAGAGAUACCGCAACAAGCGGAACCAGAGAAACUUUCAGAAGAAGAUCACCGUACUGUUCUUCUUCUCCCCAUGUUGCUUAUCGGGGCGACAGUUCCAGGGAGAGGAUGAUGAGAUUUCUCUUCUUUCUUUUGGAGCAGUACGUCUGCAGGAAGACGCUGGCUGACAGCCGCCCGCGGAUAAGGGGGAGGUUCGCGAGGAACGGCGACGCAGAGCUGGAGACUGAUGCGGAGGCUGGGGAGGUGAGCUCCUCCAGCGGCGGAGUCGACUACCGUGGCUGGAGGCCGGCAGUGGACGGCGAGGACUGUAGCUACGACCCUGAUUUCUGGGCCAAUUUCCUCGACAACCUCUCCGUGGGCAAUAUGAUCGCCUGA